AUGGGAAGAGCUGCGUUUGACGACUCUGAAGCUCAGAGAAUGGGGGAGGCUUCCUCCACGGAGUCUGCGCCCGCGCAAAGCACUUCUUCCGCCAAACCCAGCGCGCCGCCCAACGGGGCUGGGCUCCCGGCGGCUAUGGCGGAAGUGGUGGAAGACAUGGCAGACCUCCUCAUUCAGCAACCAUCUUUCGGCUUCGCCCUCCCCUGUCCACCGUGUCCUCCCCUCGCCUCCCCCUCAUCUCCCCUCCUUUCUCCCCCCUACUUUGGGACGCGGUACGGGGACAUGGAGCACGUGGCAGCAGCAUUCGACGCUGCAGAAACCCGCGCUUGUCCCCCCCCUUGUCAUUGGGGGCGCGGCACGGGGACAUGGAGGACGUGGCAGCAGCGUUCGACGCUGCAGAAACCCGCGCUUGUCCCCCCCCUUGUCAUCGGUCUUUCUCCAUUUUCCUCCGCCCCACGUGUUAUGGUCGCGGGAUACGGGGACAUGGAGAACGUGGCAGCAGCGUUUGACGCUGCAGAAAUCCCGCCCUUAUUUCCCCCCUUGUCCUCCCCCUUGUCCUUGGUCUUCCUCCAAUUUUCCUCCGCCCCACGUGUAUGGGGGCGGCGGUACUGGGACAUGGAGGACGUGGCAGCAGCGUUCGACGCUGCAGAAACCCCGCCCUUGUCCCCCCCCUUGUCCUCCCCCUUGUCCUCGAUCUUCCUCUAA